AUGCUACUUAGCGUUUACUGUUUGGGAGUGGGUGUGGUUUUAUUCAUUCAGGCUCUGCCCAGCUCAACAUUUUCCCGUGGUGCCAGCCUCACAUCUUGUCAGGAAAUGAUUCCUGGCCACAUCCAGGCUCAGCCCCAGGAGCUGCAACAAAGCUACGUCACACUGCUAACAUCAGCCUCCUCAUACCUGCCUGGACAGUUCAUCACAGUUACUGUGCGAAGUUCCAGAGACUUCAUGGGUUUCCUGCUCCAGGCUCGCAGUUCAGAUGUGGUUGAGGCUGGUGCUGGAGGUAGGAUUAAGGCCAGAAGUGAUGCUAAAAAAGAUUCUAGGUCUUCAAGAUUUGGUCCAGUUGUAGUUGGAGGGUCCUGGACCUUCACACCACCUGGUAGUCACUCCCUGCGUUGCCUCUCAGAGGGUGACACCCUCACCCACUCGGACAAACAGCUGAAGAGAAACCUGUCAUUUGUUUGGAGAGCUCCUGAUGUUCCUAUGGGGGAUGUGCGGUUCUACAUCACAGUGGUUCAGUCAUACUUCGUGUACUGGGCAGGUAUUGAAUCUGGUUUGGUCCGGGACCAGGAGGCUGAAACCAAAGACCAGCCAUUAAUACCAAACUUUCAAAGUAUCAAUGCAUGGACAGAGUCUUCCACCCCUUACGUUUACAUGACCGAACCUUGGAGAGCUAGCACUCAAGAAUCAGAUCAGGAUAAGAGUUUUUUUUCAGACUCUCAGUCUGGAAUAGAGCUUCAAGAGAGACCAACCAAAAACCCAAACCUAAAGGUUUACCCUAACAUACCUAUGUUAACACCCAGCUCUAUUUCCAAGACACAAACAUCUUCCAAACUCCAUCCCCAGUUCCAGACUGGGACGAGAAAGAUUUUUCUCUCUUUACUAAAUCCUGCUAAGACCGAGAUCUUCUCAGACGAAACUACUCCACAAUCCUCUUUCCAGGCUCGUUCUAUUUCCACUCUAGUUCCAGCACACCCUAGUGUUCUGUUACUGCCAGAUCCAUCUGUGGUUCAUUUAACCAAUACACCUGGACCACAGAAAAACACUCUACCGGACCCUCAAACCCCACUACGAGAGAAUUCUUCACCAAGUCAGAACUUUGUCCAAGAAAAUCUGUCUGAUUUGCAAGAAACCCUGAUUUUCCAAACUACUAUGAUGGAAUCAAAGUCCAAGUCCCAGACUGAGUCAAGCCAGGGAGAUGCCUUAGAAUGGACCACAGGAGCCACUCAAACUUUUAACCAUCCUCAGCUCACAUCAGGGUAUGACCUGUUUGCAACAAAUAGGUUGGAGGUUAGGAAAGAUGAGCAUGAAGAUAGGAUGCAAUUCAUCAGUGAACCAUAUGCUUCUUCCUUAACCACUUCUCUUAAUCCUUCUAAAAUCUCUAAGGUAGUUUCACUUCGUCCAACCUUCAGAUCAACACUUAAGUACCAGCCAAAAACUUUUCCUGCACUUUCUGCUCUUGCUUCUCCAUCACCAAUCUCAGUCCCUGCCCAAACGAUCCCAGUCCAGUCUCCUCCUACUUAUCCUAAACCACUGAAUAACUCUUCCAACCAUCUGUUAACAACUACCCUGUUUCCACUUGGGUCGAAAUUCAAUCCCCACUCAUCCACUCAUAUGCCGUCCACUAAUUUCUACCUUGACACUUCCUCAGCUCCAUCAACAACCUCUUCUGUUCCCGCUGCACGUACUGACUCCUCACCUUCUCCUGUUUUAGCGAGAACUCCAUUUCAAAUGACAUCAUCAUCUUUCUCAGUAUCAUCUCUCAUCUCCUCCUCAAGGUUACCCACACCUCAACUAGAACCUUCUCCUGCUCCUCUUCGUUCCAUCUACAACCCCCUCCCACCUUCUUCUUCCCCAGUCCCGACCAGAAAGCAAAUUUAUCAGCAUUUGCUCAUCCUGAAGCACCCCAGGCCUUUGAAUCCUGUAUUAAAACUCACUUCAACAACACCAAAGACUUCAGUUCACCAAAACCAUGAUCCCCAUCCUAACCUUGAGACAACUUUCAGACUGAAUCAUGACCAUGAGUUAAAACCCAUCCACGUUAACACAGACACAAAACAAAAACAACCCUCAAAACCACCAGGGCCUCCAACCAAGGAAGGGAAGUAUCCAGAAAUGAUUCCUCGGCACAGUUCCUGGGAGCUGGGGAUGCUGCUGGGAUGCUCAGCAGGACUAGGUAUGGUGCUGGUGGUCGGUGUGCGUUACAUGUACCGGCAGGCCUGUGGCAAACGUACUGGGGUGACACUGAACGACAGAGAAAGGGAGUACGAAAGAGGAGAAAGAGGGUUGAUCCAUGUCCAGGAGUGCGGAGACUUGGUACGAGUCCGUAGAAUUAGAGAUAACAGUUUUGUGCUUCUGGCUGAGUACGAUAUUCUGGCUGCUCCUGGAGACUGAAGAAGACUGAAGACUGAAGUCUUUAGAUAGCAUAAAAACAAAUACACUAUCAACUGAUGUGUACCAUCUUCUAACCCCUAGUAAAAAAGUGUGAAUGUUUGCAGACUCCUGCACCUACACAGAAGUUCAUGACAAGUCUUUUUGAUGCAAUAGGUUUAGAAAAACGUGGUCUUUCUCCUGAAGGAAUUUCAAAGAAGACAAACACACUCAGCUUCUAUAGACCCAGACACAAAUGUUUUAUUUAAAACAUUUUGUACUGUAGUUGUGUGCGAUUCUUGAAUAAAUUGUCAUGGAUUACUGAUGCACUAAGUAUAUGUUUCAUUAACGUUCAAUAUGUCCAAGUGUAUUCAAAAACUCCAAUCAAUAACUGCAACGUUUUAUUUUGAGGUCAAACUGCAGGUGCUGCAGUGAUAAGAAAACUCUUUGUCAAACCUUUAGCACACAACCAUAAUCUUAUAAAAAACACGAGUCUGUCCAGCUAACAAGACAAUCUGGUCUCCUUUUCCAUCCCUGUUUAUCAAUCUUCUUGUGCGCUGACAUCAAUCAAUGCAUCCUGCUUAUCUUCUUCUGGCUAGAUGCAUUACUGCCACCUGCAGGCCAGAGUGUGUGCACCAGCGUU